AUGUCUCAACCGAACGUGAAUCAGCCAGAAGACCAACGCCGGGAAGCUGAAGCCCUGCAAGCCCCAAGAACCUGCUGUCCCCCUUACGACAUCAAUGAUCCGGCUCAACAAGAGCUCAGCAACCUCAUCCGGCCUCUCAAAAUGGACCCGAUGGGCGUUGUCUCUCUCGGCCGUGACGGGGUCUAUCGCUCGCUGUCUGCUGGCCUCGACGAGGUUGUUGACGCGGUUGGCCUGAGUCCUAGGCUUGUCGAGGCUCUUUUCAAACGACUUCCGCCUGGAUUGGGGGCCGAGCACGAAGGGGCCGACGGGACUAACGUGCCGAGGGAGCAGUGGUUUCAUCCGGAUAAGAGCCAACUCCCGCAAACCAGUAUCCAAAGAGAGGCAAGAGGAACUGAAGAGGGAAAUGGAGGAGCAGAAGAAGGAAAGGAGUGA